CCGUUACAUCAGCCGGAAUCUGAUCAUUUCACUCCGCAACUGAAAAAUUUACAACAAAGUUUUAGUGUUGACCAGUUCAUUAUCCUUGGCAGAGGUACUCACUUGACAGAGUUUGCAGAAACUAUGGCACAUUCAAAGCCUCUUCUGAUUCCUUGGCUGCGCCAGCAGAUUGACAGCGGUCGCUUUCCAGGGGUUGCGUGGACAAAUGAAGGCAGAACACAGUUCUGCAUCCCCUGGAAGCAUGCCUUGAGACAAGAUUCCUCCAGCGAUGACGUUCUUAUAUUCAAGGCCUGGGCAGAGACAAGUAGUGGAGGCCAGUCGGAAGGUGGCAAGACACCAGGUGACCCCUCUGUGUGGAAGAGAAACUUUCGGAGUGCCCUUAGAGCAAAAGGCUUCAUAUUGCUGCACGACAACAAAAAUGAUGCUGCCAACCCUCACAAAGUUUUUCAAUGGCCAGAGGAAGGACAGUCUGGGGGGUCCCAGGAGAGUGAUGCUCCAUUUGCUGUGGUUGAAGAUCUGUACAGAGGAGAGGAUGAGUUUUGGCCUGGUGAAAACUCCUCAGAUUUGUUAGAGCAAUGCUUAGAAGGCCUAAAUAUUGGACCAACACAAACUCAGCCAGGGAUUGGAAGCCCUUUCAGCUCUGACAGUCAGCAGUACUACAUGGAUGGGGCAAGUGCCUCAGGGGGACAGUCCCCCUUGAAUGGAAUUGGAGGCCAGUAUGGCCAGUGUCCCAUAGUAGAAACACUGGGUAUUGGGCCCUUUUCUCCGGCUGAGGGGGCAACUGGCACCGGGCAGUUUUCUCCAGCUGAAGGGGCAUAUGCAGAGGCUUGUUACACCACAGAACAGGCUGUGCCAGUCUGUUCAGUCCAGGAUAACCACCCUGAAUGGGGAACACAUUUUCGGGUGCUGAUUUAUUACAAAGGAAAGAAAGUCCUGGAGCAGCUGGUUGAGAAUGAGACAGGAUUUAGACUGGUGUACAGAGAGUCCUGUUCUACAAUGGGUCCCUUUCUCCCACUGGUGGAGCUGCCCAGCACUGACUCUAUCCUGGACCAGACCCAGGCUGAGUUAACCAGGAGUAUCCUGGAUAACUUGGGGGGUGUGGAGGUCAGGGUAGAGGGUCCUUGGGUUUAUGCACACCGCUGGGGUGACAGUAGGGUUUAUUGGAGCUUAUCUAAGCAUGACCAGAGUGGAGUACCCAAAGCACUUUCUAAAACCGUACCUGAACCCAUCUACUCAGCCAGAGAUUACGUGACAGGUCUGAGGGAAUUUAUGAGUAUCAGCGGAGGACAGUCACCCCCUUUCUCUGUCUUCUUCUGUCUGGGUGAGAAGUGGCCUGAUCCCAAAUUUAAACCCUGGGAAAAGAAGCUCAUUUUUGUAGAGGUGGUCUUUACUGCGCUGGAGAAGCUUAAGCAGAUGGCAGUAGAAGGCGGGGCUUCCUCUUUACAGUCAGUGGAGCUGCAGCUUUCAUUGGAUCAGAUCAUGGAGAUGUAAGAGAAAGAGAUACUGAGACUUUAUUACAGAAUGGCUGCUCAACAGAAGAAGAACUGCUGUAUUCAGCUCAAUGAUGAACAACCACACAGGGCAGAAUAAAUGUGGAGAAAAAUGUUUACUUCUUUUGUACUUGUAGAGAUAGACACAGGUUUGGUUUUAAGAUGUGUCUUAAGAUUCUGUUUUCUACAUUCUAAGAUGAUGUGAAACAGAACAUGUAAAACAAAGUUCAUACAUUCCAGCUUUUGAAUGCCACAAUGUUCUCUGUAAUGUUAUAGAACAUCGUACAGUGAAUGUUUUAGACUUUAUUGUUGCAACAAUCCGUGUCUGUUUCAAAAGAGGACCUUUGGACAUUAUUGAGAUUCAGAGACAUUAGCAGGACAAUGAGACAUUGUGAACUUUACAUAUGUUUGGCCAAUAAAGGCCUCUGUUGUCAUUUUUAUUGCUAGGGAAGGUCCUCUUGUUUGAAUUUAGCUUGUCUGUUCCUUGUUCAGUAUGCCACAGAGUUAUUUAUUUCAUGUUCUGUCAACAGAGAUCAGUUGUUUUGGUUCAGACAUCUAGGUGUUUUACAGUGUACAGGUGAUCAAUGAUUUUAUUGACUGAUGAUUUGGGUAAAGGGUGUAAUCUCAGUAUCUUCUCUUUGACUUUAAUAUCUCAAUCUCAAGUUAUGCUGCAUCAGGCCCAUGUAAGUUAAAAUGAAAUAGGAUAAUAAUCUCGGUGAAGAGUUUUCCAUUUCCGACUUGUUGUUUGUAUAUUCAGUUUCUCUAUUCUUUGGUCUACAUCAUUGGCCCUUUAGGGCAGU